AUGGGCGAGAGUGUGUCGGCAGUGAUCCAACAAAAGCUACCCCCAAAACGGAAGGAUCCAGGGAUGUUCACCAUUAUAGGCAAUACAGGAGGAACUAACAUGGACAAGGCAAUGAUGGACUUGGGACCUUUCAUAAAUGUGAUGUCGUUAGCCAUCUACAAAAGAUUGAACAUCGAAGAACGGAGGAACACCCGUGCGGUCAUACAGUUUGCUGAUCGGUCCAAUGCUUACCCAGAAGGUGUGGUGGAAGAUGUGCUGAUAAAGGUUGGAGAUUUGAUCUUUCCCGCUGAUUUCUACGUUUUGGACACUGGACCAGAGGCUGGAGAGAAUGCCAUAUUACUUGGAAGAUCAUUCAUGAUGACCGCAGAAACUAAGAUUGAUAUGAAAACCGGAGUCUUCACAUGUGAAUUUGAUGGAGUUAUGGAGGAAUUCAAAAUCUAUGAAACUAUGAAGAGAAAACAACAAGUGGAGACUGUGGACAUGAUCGAUGCAUUUAAACCACUUACACAAGAAUAUGGAAUUGAGUUCGGUUAA